AGAAGGGACCACCGCUUGAGAUGUAAGCCUUUAAACUCUUUAAGGUGGCCAAUUUACGUUUUCAACUCUAUUGUAGAUAUCUUCUGACUUUCUUGAGUUUCUCCAAGCUAUGGAUACAAAGGAAGAUAACAGUGGUGAGAAGGGACUGUUAAAAGGGUUUCCUGAAGAAGCAAUAAUCAAAGUGGAGCAAAUAAACUCAUAUAUCCUUGGAGAGAAGAUUAAUUCCCUGCAGAAAGGAAAAGCAUCCUCAAAUCUCAGUGAAUUUGACCAGACGCAAGUCAAAUUUUUAGAAGCAGCCAUCCGUUCCAUUCCACAAGCAUUGGAUGAUGAAGCUAAUCUUGAAAAUGCAGUUUUCAUCUUUGCCCUUCCAGGCCCCCAGUUCGCCCUCAAAUCUGGAGCAGGUGAUUGGGAAUACUAUUUUUCCCAAGACGACAACAACAAAAUCACCAUGAAAUGUACCAGAAAGCCUUUGGAGUUUCCGGAAGAAUCAACAAUCGAAUUGGAGGAAAUAACCCCAGAUGUCUUUGGAGAGAAGAUUUAUUCCCUGCAGAAAAAAAAUGCAUUCUCAAGUCUCAGUGAAUUGGACCAGACACGAGUCAAAUUUUUAAGAGAAGCCAUCCAUUUUAUUCCACAAGCAUUGAAUGAUAGAGCUAAUCUUAAAAGUGCAAUUUUCAUAUUUGCCCUUCCAGGCCGCCAGUUCGCCUUCAAAUCUGGAGCAGGUGAUUGGAAAUACUAUUUUUCCCAAGACAACCACAACAAAAUCACAGUGCGAUGUACCAGAAAGCCUUGGGUGUACUAUGUCUGGGACUGGAUCAAAUUCGCUUGU